CCUCAUUCAUAUUGGAGUGCUGCCGAAUCUUUCACAUUUUGCAAGCCUAAUUUGUCUCUGAUCAGAUCAGCCAUUUCUCGAGGGUUUACGUAGCCAUGUACGGCAGCCAAUUCGACGGUAACGCCGCCUUCUCCGGCGGCGGAUUCAUGCCUUCUCAAUCCAUUCAAACUCCCGACUCAUCAUUCUCUCCCGCCAAGAAUCGUGAUGUUCAGGCUUUGCUUCCCCUAACAGUGAAGCAGAUAAGCACUGCGUUUGUACCAGGAAAUGAAAAAUCAGAAUUUCAUGUGGAUGGUGUGGAUGUGAACAAUGUCAAGCUAGUAGGAAUUGUGAGUAACAAAGCUGGAAGGAUUACUGAUGUCACUUUUGUGCUUGAUGAUGGGACUGGACGUAUUGAUUGUAACAAGUGGUUUCAUGAAGCGGUCGAUACAAGCGAAAUGGAAGGAAUCUCGGAUGGAAUGUAUGUUUGUGUUCAUGGACGCUUGAAAAGCUUCCAGGGUAAAAGAACCUUAAAUGUAUUCUCCAUUAGACCCGUAGAGGACUUCAACGAGGUUGCAAGCCACUUCAUUGAGUGCAUAUAUGUUCACUUGUACAACAAGAAGAAAGUACAAGCACAAGGUGGUGCCACUACUCAGCCACAGGCGACAAAUUCAAUGCAUCAGUCGUUUGCGCAGUAUAGUGCCGAUGGAUCAAAGACAACUGAAGAAAUGGUGUUAGAGAUUUUGCACCAUCCUUCAUGUCUUGCAAGGGAAGAGGGAGCUAAUGUGGAUCAUAUGAUUCAGCAACUAAAAAUUCCCAGGAAUAAGCUCAUGUUAGCCAUUGAAAAUCUUGUGAGGGAGGGGAACAUUUAUUCAACAAUUGAUGAUGAUCACUUUAAGUCAGCCAUAAACGGUUGAGUAAUGGCGAUCAGGGCUCUCACCGACUAUGACAGCCUCAGACUGAAUUAGGUUCUCUAUCUCUCACUCUAGCUUCUUUGUUUUAACACUUGUUGUAUAGUUGACAAUUACAAAAGUAUACCAAGUGACAAGUGUCAGCACUCACCACUAUAUUUUGGGAUUUGGAUCUACAUCUUAUGCGGCUUAAAUAUCAUCAUUAUCGAGAAA